AUGCUGUUUCAAGCUAUUUUAUAUAGUGCAAUUAAGAUUUUGCUUCAGGUCAUUCCAAAUAAAGCAACUCAAGUUUUACUCCAGAUUACUCUAUAUGUAGCAACUCAAGCUUUACUCCAGGUUACUUCAUAUAGAACAACUCAGGCUUUACUCCAGACUACUCCAUAUAGAGCAACUUG